AUGGCCGCCGCGCCGGUGGCCUCCCCCUUCCCCGCGCUCCCCUCGCCCUCCUCCUUCAGCACGUCCACGCGCCGUCGUCCACCAGCCGCCUCGCCGCGCGAGCUGCCGCAGCAGCAGCAGCGCGCGGCGUCCAACGCUGGGGAGAGGAGGCGGCGGCGGGAGGAGGAGGAGCAGGCGGAGGCCGAGGCGCAGGAGUUCGAGAGGCAGCGGAAGGAGGAGGUGAACCGCAAGAUCGCCUCCCGGAAGGCGCUCUCCAUCAUCCUCCGCCGCGAGGCCACCAAGGCCGUCCUCGACAAGCGCGUGCCCGGCAAGGGCACCCGCCGCCUCCUCCCCCGCACCGUCCUCGAGUCCCUCCACGACCGCGUCGCCGCGCUCCGCUGGGAAUCCGCCCUCAAGGUGUUCGAGCUAAUGCGGGACCAGGUGUGGUACAGGCCGUACGUGGGCGUGUACAUCAAGCUCAUCACCAUGCUCGGCAAGUGCAAGCAGCCGGAGAAGGCGCACGAGCUCUUCCAGGCCAUGCUCGACGAGGGCUGCGCGCCCAACCUCGAGUCCUACACGGCCCUCGUCUCCGCCUACAGCAGGAGCGGCAGCUUCGACAGGGCUUUCUCCCUGCUUGAUCAGAUGAAGGCCACCCCUGGCUGCCGGCCCGAUGUCCAGACCUACUCCAUCCUCAUCAAGUCCUGCUUGCACGCCUAUGACUUCGACAGGGUCAAGGGUUUGCUGGAGGAUAUGGCGAAUGCGGGCAUCCGCCCCAACACCGUGACUUACAAUACUCUCAUUGAUGCUCAUGGGAAAGCAGGAAGGUAUGCUGAGAUGGAGUCAACUCUUCUCGAGAUGUUGUCUGAAAACUGCAAACCUGAUGUGUGGACAAUGAAUUCUACUCUAAGAGCUUUUGGUAGCAGUGGUCAGAUUGAGACAAUGGAAAGCUGCUACGAGAAGUUCCAGGCUUCUGGUAUCUCUCCAAACAUAAAGACGUACAACAUUUUACUUGAUUCUUAUGGUAAAGCUAAAAUGUAUGAGAAGAUGGGAGCUGUGAUGGAGUACAUGCAGAAGUAUUACUAUUCCUGGACAAUAGUCACAUACAAUGUCGUUAUUGAUGCAUUCGGAAGGGCUGGGGAUCUUGAACAGAUGGAAUAUAUCUUUAGACUGAUGAAAUCUGACCGCAUAAAGCCUAACUGUGUUACCCUCUGUUCGUUGAUUCGAGCUUAUGGAAGGGCUGAUCAAGUUAAGAAAAUAGAGACAGUGUUAAGGAUUGUCGAGAAUUCAGACACAGCGCUGGAUAUUGUGUUCUUUAACUGUUUGGUGGAUGCAUAUGGGAGGGUGGGAUGCUUGGCAGAGAUGUGGGAUGUUCUCAAUAUGAUGAAGAUAGAACGAAUAAAACCAGACAAGGUAACCUGCACUACCAUGAUUAAAUGGUUUCUUGUCAAGGGGAUUGAUGAUCAUCGUGUUCAGUACCUACGUGACCUAAAAGAUGGGAGAUCUACAGAUAAUAAGUAGGUCUGAACAUUGAAACAGCUACUGACCUGAUUGAUAUUGUUCUCUGCAUUUUCUCCAAGGAGAUGGAACAACCUGUGUCAAAUUCUCACUCAGUUUGCACUUCACAGAGAUGUAUCAAUUCUAUUUUUCUCUUUGAUGCCCUUAAGGAGUAACUUGAAUGUUACUGAAUCAAUCAUUUCUUGGAGGCAAUUUAGAGUCACAAGUUUUUCUGUAGAAGUUCAGCAACAGAAAUGCAGAACUAUCUGGUAGCAUAUUUUGGAUAGCAAAGUUUCCUAUGAUUAUGCCAUCCCAAGAAUUAGUUGAUGUUUGCAAAAGGAUUCUAAGCUGGUUUUUUGCGAACGAAGGAAAGUUGGACAGCAGAGAGAAAUUUGAAGCCCUAUAUCUGUAGCGGUGCAUAUUGUGGCUAUCAUAUAGAACUAGGGGUGCGCAGGUGACAUUGGUCUGUGUCAUUGUGCCAUGAUGUAUUUAUAGUACAGCUGAACAUGACAUCAUAUGUCAUACAGGCUUACGCAAAGAUGGACAGAAACAUAUAUAUGCUAACAAAAUUAAAUGUUGUAGUGCUCUACUAUAAAAAAAUAUAGGAAAUGAUUUGUUGGUAUUUUAUAUGCUCCAUCUGGCCCAAAUUAAUUGACGCAGUUCAGGAGUACACCUCACAUUGGGCCGGAGGGAGUAACAUUGUUUUUGAGCGGUUUUCCUCACAUUGUGCCUGUCAUUGUCCUUAAAAAAACUGGCACCUAACAAAUGGACCAAGGAAUUGUUGUAAAAGAUGAUACUGUCUUGACCAUUAUUCAACAAAGGCUUUAAAGUUUCUGGAACAGAAUAUGGGACAAAGGGACAUUAAUUAUUCAGUGCUGUUGUGAUCUGGGAUCUGUGCAUGUGAGCCACCACAAUGACCCAAGUCACACCUACUCACAGUGAAAAAGCUGAUCAGGUUCCCUGUCUCUGCUAUAACGGGGGUUCCCUUGUUCCAAAACCUGGGUGAGUCGUGUCAGUUUUGCACUGAGCUGGCGUAGAUCAUUUCUGACAUAUUUUAUGCUACUGUCUGCCCCCUAAUGCUGUGUGAGUAUCAAAAUCUCCUAACUCAUCAAUGUUGUCUGGAGCUUUGGCUUGUUGGUGGCUAAACAGCUUGGGCAACUGCAACCGUGCUGGGCCAAACACAGCUAAGUGCUAGCUAACCUGCGCAGAAACUGAUUUGAUCAUUUAUAGCAAACCGUGAUGCACUUGGUACAGUGGGGAAAUAUCUAUUGCCACCACUCCGUGCACAUACCACAUGAACAGUAAAAAAAAGUGAUAGCUGUAGAAGAUACCAUAAUGAUCUGUUAUUUAGGUUAGUUAAGCUACUGACCCGGAUCCUGAACAAAAGUAAUAAAACAACGCAUAUCUUAUAACUCAAAUAGAAUGGAGGAGGAGAUGACUUUCUUUUUAACUAGGAUGUAAUUGUUUUCUUUCUUUUGGUACUUUGCUUGGUUAGCUUACAAUAUUUCCCAGGAAAGCUAUGUUAUUAAUCAGGAAAAAUUUAUUCCGUUUACCACACAUCCAGAUAACCACACAUUAAACACACACAACACACGUACCAGCUGGUUUCUAAAACCAAAAACUGAGCUAGCAGCUAGCUAGGUUCGAGUUAUUAGUGCUAGACUAUUCGUCUGGUCCCUCACACCGCGUAGAGGAGUUGGGAAUCAAGCUUGUACAUGCUCUACCAAGAUGCACACACAUGUGGUUGUGUGGUAGGCAGGUUACAAAUGGAGUACGAAGUUGAGUGUACUUUGUAAAUGAUUGGUUGGCCCAGUGCUCUGUUAUGAAUUAAUCAACCUAGGAGACUUAGAACCUCGACCGUACCAGUAAAGCAACUGUCUGGCAUGGGGUGCCAAAAUUAAAUCUUGAAGUUGAAGGAGAGAACACCAUUUGGAAGCAUGGAACCUCCUAUUCCUCUCUUUCUGAACUUUACCGGCCAAUCUGGUAAUUCGGUCCACUGCUGAUGUCUCUCUUGUUGCUGUGACUUCACGGAGAAGGUAGAUGAUGGACCGGCCAGCUGUUGCGUUUUGCAUGGAGUUCAAGAGUUAUAUACAUUUUAGUUUUCAACAAAAACUGCCAGCGUAAGAGGUACGUGCAUAUUAUACAGCAUGCCGCUACCUGGCGCUUCAUGUAAAAUUACCAUUGCAAUACAGAUAGAUACUGCAGACCUAUAACAAUCCACAUGGUGCGUGUUUUUCUCAAUCGACAAAGCACAACCUGCAGCUGAGCGGCCUAAACCGUACUCUGAAUACACAGGAGGACGCUGUGUGUUCAGUGUCGGAGGUGACACUUAUUGAACGAGGAAGCAUACGUGGACGAACACAUAUUUUUCUUUUCAUAUCAUCACUGGGGAUCGUCGAAGGAAUCAUCCGUGGGCAUCCAGUACCUGUUGGUGAACCAACGGGAUUCGGCCGCAACGGCGGUGCCGUCCUGGUUGCGGUGCCACGCGUAGUAUGCGUGCGUCCGGUUCUUGAUGUCCAGGAUGGCAUGCCCGAAGCUUGCCUCCCUGAACGCCGAGUAGGCUGGCUGCGGUUCCGACAUGCUGCAGCAUCGCAAAAAUAUAGACGCAGGCCGAUAUUGCUGUUAAGAUAAGCUUGAUCUAUGCAUAUCUGUUGAGUUAGUGGAUGCAACUAUGGUCCAUCUUACUUGGUGGCCAGCCCUCCCUGGUUUCCUCCAUCACCGAUGGUUAUGUAGACGGGUGCAGACUGGUCUCGGACCGGGGUGCACAGGCCAUUCAUAACGUUGUAUGCGAUAUUUGAUAUCCUAUGCUGCAGCCAGAGAACAAAAUUUGUUUCUUCAGGAGCUCAGGAUUGAGGUGUUAUUCCAUAAGCAGAAGAACGAGGCUCAGUUAAACUGAUGGCUUGAAGAGGAUAAACUAGUCAACUUACUGUCCGUUCAUAGGCAUGGACAUGCCCUGCAAACACAAGAUCAACUUUGUACUUCACAAACCAUGGCUCGUACAACACCCUCAUGCUUUCACCUUCCAUAUAGUGGUAGUAGUAGCUGUUGUACAAUGGAGCGUGCAUCAGAACAAUCAACCAUGGCGUUUCGCUCCUGUUGACCUUGGCGAACUCCGCUCGAAGCCACGUGUACUGAGGAGUAUGUUUUCCUGGCAAACAAAACAGACCUGUCUAGUUACCUUCAUUAUUUCUUAGUACUGGGCUACUGGCCCAAGCAAACAAAUUUUUUAUGUUGAAACAAAAAAAGCAAACAAAUUGAAUUGUUCUUUCCCUCAGAAGUGAUCUUACGUUAAUGGUGAAAAUUGUUUUUGCUUAUAUUUACAGCAGAAUGAACAAAACGCAGUGUCAGAACAACAUGGCUUACCAUAUGCAGAGUAUGAUGCCAGGACAAUGAUAUAAGCAGAAGCUCUUUUGAUGGAAUACCAGUAAGGUGCUGUGCUACCAGAGGCCUUAUAAGGGGUGGGGUACCUCUGGCUGUAUGGCUUGAAUGGCUUUGUUUCGCCCUGCAAAUACGUGCAAUGUUCUUUUUACCGGCAAUAUACAUAACUAAAUUAACUUUUUAUUGUACAUUUGAAACAGAAGGGAGUUAUCCUUACAAGUUCAGGAGCAAAAUCUAUGUCAUGGUUUCCAGCUGUCCAGAUCCAAGGCUGGUCCCCAACAAAAAGCACUGCCUGGGCUUUUGAAUUGGACUCGUAAUGAGCGAGAGUGACAUUUGAGUCGAAA